UUUAAUUUAUUUAAGUUAGAUCUUAUUUUACGCCUCUAUUCAUUAACGAGGGGCACUUAUUCUCGUAUCUAAAUCGUUUUUUAUUUCACUAGGCUACUUUGCGUAUAAGAAUUCCGCUAUCGUAAUCUUAAAUUCGUUCGAUGGAAGAUAUCGAUAGAUGUUGACUAAAACUUAUCGGAACAGCUUGAAACACUUGGAAAUAUUGCAUGUACAUCGAUGUAUCUAUAUACGGAGCACUACGUAACAUACGUAAUUUAUCACGGUACGUGUAAAUAACACGUGACAAAAAUUUGAUCUCUCUGGCAUGACACCAAUCCACGGGUGCUAUAAAAAAACCGCAUUUUGUACGUCGGAGUAAUUGUUCGUCAAAUUCAUUAUAUUUGUAAUAUUUAUCUCGAAGAUUAUGGACUUUGGAACACGUGCAUUCCGUCAGGCAGAUCACAGCGCGUAUCGCCUCAGACUCGCAGAAACAUUUAAACGGCCAACACGUACGCUAUUUUCUGAUAGUUGAUUGUUACAGUUUUUUAAAUUCAUUGGUACUCUCAAGAGAAUUGUACGAUUUCAAGUUCUCUGUAUACUCGAACGUUAGUUUCCUUCGAAUAGAAACUAUUUGAUAAUUUUUAUAUAAUAAUAAGAGGGGUCAUGAGUCGAGAAAUAAAAGUGUUGGACGGUGGAUUUUCUACACAAUUGUCGACCCACGUGGGCAACGUGAUAGACGGUGAUCCUUUGUGGACUGCAAGAUUUCUCAUCACAGACCCCGAGUCAGUUGUCUCUACGCACUUGGAUUUUUUGAGAGCCGGAGCGAAUAUAAUUCUGACAGGCACUUAUCAAGCAUCCGUCGAUGGUUUCAAGAAGUACAUGAACCUUACAGAAGAGGAGAGCCUCGAUUUAUUCUGUAAAGCGGUGAAUUACGCUAAGAAGGCCAUAAACUUGUACAAGAACGAUAUGAAGACUGGCGAGAACAUCGCAAAUCCUAAUCCGCUGAUAGCUGGGUCCGUUGGUCCAUAUGGAGCCUGUCUGCACGAUGCCUCGGAGUACACUGGGAAAUAUUGUUCUUCCGUGUCAGAAGAAAUGCUCAUGAAUUGGCACAGGCCGCGUAUUCAGAAAUUGGUGAACAGCGACGUCGAUCUACUUGCGAUAGAAACGAUCCCAUGUAAAAGGGAAGCCCAAGCACUUGUCAAGCUGUUGAAGGAAUUUCCUAAUAGCAAAGCAUGGCUGUCCUUCUCGUGUUCCUCCGACGGAGAGACCAUAGUGGACGGAUCUAAUUUUCAAGACGUAGCUACGAGGUGUUACAGAACAGCCUUGCCAGGACAAAUCUUGGCAAUCGGAGUCAAUUGCAUUGCGCCGCAGAACGUGACAGCCUUGUUGAAGGGCAUCAACAAAAGUUGUAAUCAAGAUUUCAUACCUCUCGUAGUGUACCCUAACAGCGGUGAGAAGUACACGGUGGAACACGGCUGGACGGUGGCGGAAGAGGGAUAUUCUUUACACGAGUUUAUACACGAAUGGCUCGACUUAGGUGUUCGAUAUAUCGGCGGAUGUUGUAGGACGACUGCCACGGAUAUAAGGAAGAUAAGAGUAGAGGUAGAAAAAUGGCAAAGUAAAUACGUAAAAUAACGAUGCCUACGUAAUAAACAGUAAUAAUAAAAUUGAGAGAUUUAGGAAGUUUUAAA